UUCUAAUUAUUUAUUACUAAUACAAUGGUGUGCAACGUAAAUUGUUUUAUUAUUAUUCAUCAUCAUCACAAGAUUCACUACUACUAGAACUGUCCCUUAACUCUCCAGUUGGACUCGUCUACUUGUAAAUUCUUGUUCACAAACUUCAUUACAUUACCAUUGAAGCAAUUUUCACUUCUUCUCAAAUAUUAAGUGUAUUAUCUGUGCGUCUUCUGACAACUGAGCACUGUCAGUGUCAACCUAAAGUCCUAAAGUAACCUAAAAAAACAAGAAGUUGACAAUACACCAAACAACGCGAAAGUAGGAAAAUAAACUUCUAAUACAAAUAAAUAAUAAACUUCAAAACGAAGUUGAUCAUUACAUCAAAAUGUUGCCGCUAUCUUUGUUACGGACAGCGCAGAACCACCCUAUGCUUGUCGAAUUGAAAAAUGGCGAAACUUACAAUGGUCAUCUCGUAAGCUGCGAUAAUUGGAUGAACAUUAAUUUACGUGAAGUUAUUUGCACGUCGAGAGACGGCGACAAGUUCUGGAGGAUGCCGGAAUGUUAUAUACGUGGUAGUACGAUCAAAUACUUGAGAAUACCGGACGAGGUCAUCGACAUGGUGAAGGAGGAGACACAGGUUAAAGCGCGCGGUCGUAACGAGGUUUCCAAGGGACGCGGGCAAAACAUGAGGACCGGUGGCCGUGGUGGUAGCCGAGGCGCAUUCGGUAACCGCGGCAGAGCACCUCCACUAGCCCGUGGCGGCGGGAACCCGCGACCACAGAACAAAAAUAAAAAUAAAAUGUAAGAUAAGUUUUUUAAUAAAUUAAGUUAUUUGGCUAAGGAA